AUGUCACAGAAUUACAAUUGGAACGAUGUCGCUUAUGAGAUGGCUCCGAUCUCUCAAUAUACAGAUCUGUACUCAAAUCAACCAAGGAUUUACAUGUUUGAAGGAGCUAAAAUCAUCGAUUUAAUCCUUCUUCUUCUAACUGCUGUAGUAACAACGGUGUGGUUGAUUAUUCUUACCCGAGCUGAAUCAAAUUUAACAAAGUCCCUUUUGACAGUUACUGUGUCCCAGAUUUUUGUAAAUCUUCUGGUGAGAGCAUUCAAAUCUGCAAUCAUACUCUUCAUUGAGUAUCCCCAGUUUUCAUGGCUUUUUGUGGCAAGUAGUGUCGAGACUUCAUUCCACUACACACUAUAUCUACAGUACACUUCAUCAGUCCUUUUGUAUGUUUUUCUCCGCGAGAAAGAUAUCAAAAGUUCCUGGACUUUGUUCUACUACAUUCCAUCAAUCGCUGUGGCUCUUUUUGUUUCGAUUCUGAAUGUGAACUUUAAUAAGCUUCUUCUCUCUUUCCCAUUUUAUAUUUAUGUCAUCUUUUACGUUGGGAUGGUCGUUUCGAAUGUUGUAAUUUUGAUUGGAAUUAUCGCUUCUUGCACCAAGUACACUCGUGAGAAACUUGGAAUCCGUUGCCGCCUCUUUCUUUUUGUUUUCUCUGCGUCUCCGCCCACCCUUUUCAAUACCGUAAUCACAAUCAUGGACUUGUUGUUUAUGGUUGUCGGGAUUACCGAUCAAUUCCCGAUUCCCUACAUCGUGAUGACGACCUAUCGGUACAAGGCAUUCGAGAUCACUCCGUUGUCCAUUCUUUUAGCAUUCUUUGCAUUGAUGCCGGAUUUGAGAAAAUGGAAGACUUCAAAGACUACAACAACUGCUGAAGUGACUUCAACUGUGACUGAAUCUCCAUCUAUCUCAUCCCCUUCUCCGAUUCUUCCAACAACAGUUCUAGAAACUUCUGUUCCAAUUCCACAUCAACUCGAAGACAUACCAAGUGUGCAAACAACAACUGCACCAAUAGCUACAUACGGAAACAUGAACUAUGGAAUGGGAGCUCUUGUUGUCCAUAUUCAACCAAUGAACAAUUAA